UUUUGAAGGUGGUGCUAUAGAUGCAGGGCAUUUAGCUUCUUAUUUGUUCUUGCGAGUAUAAACCGGCAGCUCAUCACGAAAAGUUCAUUCCACUGAAGAUACCCUGAGCUGGCAAGAUGAAGAUGGUUUCAGUUGCAUUGCUUCUGCUACUCUUGCUCAUUGAACCUCCAAAACAGGGUUCUGAAGCCUUUCCAGUGUCUUGCUGUUUAAAGGUCUGUGACACCAAAGUAAGGAAAGAGUUGCUCAAAAGCUACAGCCUACAAGACAAACCCCUGUGUCCUGUGAAGGCUGUGAGAUUUGUCAUAAUGACAGACAUCACAAUCUGCUCCGACCCAUCCUCAUCUUGGGCCAUUAAUACCAUGGCCUAUUUGGACAAUAAAGGCACUCAACAAGGGAAUAGCACAACCCUCAAUAAUAGCAACACAUCAUCUUAUACUUAAUCAAAAUGCUCAACGUCUAAGUUGUACUGAUUCUAACCUUUGAACCCAUAAUUAUCACUGUGUUUAAAUGUUUGAUAAUCAAAAUGCAUUAAGUAGUGACUUUCUAUCAUCCAUCUCUUCAAACUUUUUGAUUUAUACAGUAUUAUUCAAAUCCUUUGUGUAGGACAUAUACUAUGUAAAAUGAUAUUUUUUAAUCUUUUCAAAGCUUUAU